AAUUGUGCCAAAUGACACCAUCUGCUCCACAUGGAACUUCCUCUAUUCAUAACAAUGGUUUUGAGGUUGGUUGUUCUUUACCAGGGUCCUCUACACAAACCGAUUCAUCACAUUUUACUCUGGAGAAUACAAGAUCGCUCAAUCAACUGACGCAAACGACACCACUUACUACACAUGGAACCUCAUCUAUUCAUACCAAUUGUUUUGAGGUCGAUGGUUCUUUACCAGGGUCCUUUACAGAAACCAAUGCAACCGACGAUUCACCACAUGUUCCUCUGGAGAAGAUUAGACCGCUCACCCAAGUGUGCCAAAUGACUCCACUUGCUCCACGGAAAAGAUCCAGCAAUCGUUUAGGGAGUACUAGAAUCAUAACGGAUACUCCAGAAAAAGACAAAAUCGAAGAAGACCAAAGAAGGAAGGAGGAAAAAGAAAAAAAAAAGGAAGAAAGAGAAAGGAAAAAGUUGCUACCUCGGAAUAUUAUGAAGCCAUCAGCAUCAGUCAGAAAACGGAAGAAAAGUGAAACACGUGAAAAGGAAAACAAUGUAUCGAAUGAUAGUGGUGAGGAAUACGUACUGCCAAUCAACAUCAACCAACACAGAACUAGAGCUGGCCGACUUGUUCAGCGAAGGACAAUUACGGAUUUGUAAAAGUUUAUGGUUCUGUCUUCAAAUCAAUUCAUAUGCCUCUCCCACAUAAUCUGUUCAAGCCAUCUAUCAUGCCUUCCAUUUCUUAUCUUUAUGCUCAUAAAUAUUCACAAAUGUUCUUAAAUUGAAGAAAACAAAGAAAAUGUGAUAAAUUGAUUAAUGAUUGUAAGAAAGCCGUUACUUUUUUACAGUAUU